UAAGUGAUCAGAAUGACGAGACGAGUUCGAAUCCGUGUGAAUAAAAAUUGAGAUAUCGUAUAAUUGAAAUAUAUGUUCGUAGGUGAGCGUAAUUGGAACACUGUAAUGUCUACAAAACGGCAAUAAAAGAAAUUUUAAAGAAGUCAUAACCAAACUACUAAACGCUUCAUAAAUCAAUAAUUAAAUACUACAGGUACAUUAAAUUUUGCCACCGAGACGGUAUCAGACAGCGUUAUAAGAGCGCGUGGCACCGCCCUCUUUUAGGUGAAAUCUUAUCUUCGGACCUGAUCGACCGAAUUCAACCAAAUUCGUAUACAAAUCAAGAUGCCAAGAUCAAGAUACCUAUAGUUAACUUAUGACAGAAAAUAUCGGUCAAUGGAUGAGGUACAUAAUUGAAAUUCAGAGAAAUUCUUUCCAGACAAUGGUAUUUCUGUGCGUCAGAAACGAGUUGAAUCAGCACUUAUCGCAUACUUUCAAGUUUUCGGAUUUACGAAUAACACAAGCAAGAAACUUUCGUUACCCCUUAAGACUUACUUCCACCAACGGUAUCGUAAAAAGGAAAUUGUGUUCAACCAAGCCACCUGGUAAAGAAACGGCAUGCGAUGAUGCAGAAGAAGAAAAUAAUCGAGCUAUUCGGGAUGAAUCGGGAAAUCUCAAUAAGAAAACCAGUGAUGCACAUAAUAAAAAUAAAAUACAUUCCAAAGAAGCGGCUAUUGGAAAAAUUUUUGCUAUAAUAGGUCCCGUAGUGGAUGUGAUUUUUGAAGAAAAUGUACCAGAUGUUAUGAAUGCAAUGCUUGUACCAGAAUAUCCAAAUGGGAAAUUAGUUCUGGAAGUUUUUCAUCAUCUUGGUAAUGGUAUUGUGCGUUCCGUAGCAAUGGAUAGCACAGAGGGUCUACGUAGGGGACAAAAAGUUAUAGAUACUGGAUAUCCAAUCAGAGUGCCUGUAGGAAAGUCAUGUUUAGGUCGGAUUUUGAAUGUUGUUGGAGAUCCCAUUGAUGAACGCGGUCCCAUCAAAUCAGAUUAUCAUUCCUUCAUACAUGCAGAUCCGCCGGAAAUGAUUGAAUUGAAUGUGAACCCCACAUUACUUGAAACUGGAAUAAAGGUAAUUGAUCUCUUGGCACCAUAUGUAAAAGGAGGGAAAAUUGGCCUCUUUGGGGGCGCCGGCGUUGGUAAAACGGUUCUUAUAAUGGAACUAAUCAACAAUGUUGCUAAAAAACAUGGAGGUUAUUCCGUCUUUGUCGGAGCUGGUGAACGAACUCGAGAAGGAAAUGAUCUAUAUAUGGAAAUGAUUGAAUCUAAAGUAAUUUCAAUAGAAGAUGAUAGUUCCAAAGUAGCUUUGGUAUAUGGUCAAAUGAAUGAGCCCCCUGGCGCACGCUCACGCGUUGUAUUAACUGGUCUAACAAUAGCCGAGUACUUCCGUGAUAUUGAUGGUCAGGAUGUUCUAUUAUUUAUUGACAAUAUAUUUCGUUUUACUCAAGCGGGGGCUGAGGUAUCCGCAUUGUUGGGACGCAUACCGUCUGCAGUUGGCUACCAGCCCACUCUAGGUACAGACAUGGGUUCAAUGCAAGAGCGUAUUACGAGCACAACGAAUGGUUCCAUAACUUCAGUACAAGCAGUUUAUGUGCCAGCUGACGAUCUUACUGACCCAGCACCUGCCGCCACCUUUGCGCAUUUAGAUGCUACCACCGUAUUGUCACGUGCUACUGCCGAAUUGGGCAUAUAUCCAGCCGUGGAUCCUUUAGAUUCGACAUCGCGCAUAAUGGACCCAGCCAUUGUAGGCGAAGAGCACUAUAAUGUAGCUAGAGGAGUACAAAAGACUCUUCAAUCCUAUAAAUCACUUCAGGACAUCAUUGCAAUUCUUGGUAUGGACGAACUUUCAGAAGAUGACAAAUUAAUAGUAGCACGCGCUCGAAAAAUUCAGCGGUUUCUUUCGCAACCUUUUCAAGUAGCUGAAGUAUUUACUGGUCAUCCUGGAAUUAUGGUUCCAAUUGAAAAGACAGUAGAAGGUUUUAAAAGUAUUCUAAAUGGUGAAAUGGAUGACUUACCUGAAAUUGCAUUCUAUAUGGUUGGCGAUAUAAAUGAUUCUAUCGCUAAAGCCAAAAAUUUAGCAAUGUCUAUGUCGAUAGAGAAAUAAAUACUCGAUAUAUUAAAAUUACAUUCAGGAAUGCGGCAUAAUUUUAAAAAGAGAACAUUAAAAUACUUAUAUGUAUGUGUAGUAGC